UUAUUAUUUAGAACGAUAAGCUGUUUUAUUGUGUCAGUCACGAGAAGAAAUAUUAGACACUAAUUGUUUGUGUUUUGCAACAGGUAUCAGAGGAUCGAUUUUGUCGGAUUUGCUUGGCUUUCAUUGCGACCUGGCGCAGGCGCACCAUAGCGACAGCUUGGUUGCUAGGGGGUGCGGCGGCCCGCUUUCGACCCAAGAACGGAGGCGGAGUGAUUCUGAAAUUUGGGCUCACAGCGGUUAGCUGCGGGAAAGGAAAGCGGAACAGAGGCUAAAUUAGCUGCGUAAUUCAUCUUCGUAAAGAACGUAAAAACUGUUCGAGUAACAAUGGCUGAUCAACUAACUGAGGAGCAGAUUGCUGAAUUCAAGGAGGCCUUCUCACUAUUUGAUAAAGACGGUGAUGGCACUAUUACCACCAAAGAGUUGGGGACAGUGAUGCGCUCCCUAGGGCAGAACCCUACAGAGGCUGAGCUCCAGGACAUGAUCAACGAGGUCGAUGCUGACGGUAACGGAACGAUUGAUUUUCCCGAAUUUCUUACCAUGAUGGCGAGGAAGAUGAAGGACACUGACAGCGAGGAGGAAAUCAGAGAAGCCUUCCGGGUUUUUGACAAGGACGGGAACGGCUACAUCAGUGCUGCGGAGCUGCGUCAUGUCAUGACGAACCUGGGAGAAAAGCUGACGGAUGAGGAGGUAGACGAGAUGAUCCGAGAGGCAGAUAUCGAUGGGGAUGGCCAGGUCAACUAUGAAGAGUUUGUCCAGAUGAUGACUGCGAAGUAAAACUGGAAACCCAAAGGACUACAGCAGACCAAACAGUGGGCAGCAACACUCACUGUCAACCUUCAAAAAGCAUUCAGUGUCCUCCUACUGCUUUCCAUUUACUUAGUUCUCACCCCUCCCUUUUCCUCUUUCCUUCAGUUAAGCUCUCCUCUGCUCUGCCUGUUUCCCCCCCAUCCCCUGACUUGUUUUCCUCGUCUUCACCUCAUUAUUCCAUGAAAAUCAAAGAACUGUUUACAUAUAAUCUAAGAUAAGGAGAGGAAAAAAACCCUUAAAUAUAUGAUGUAAUACAUGUAUCAAUAUUUUAAAAGUUAUACAACAUAUAUACUAUGGCGAACAGCAAAAUGCAUGCUUUAUUUGGUUUUGGCAUGUUUUUGUGCUUCUCUGCUUGCCUUGAUUUCGAACUUGCUCGCUCUCCUUUAACUCUGCAUGUUUCUCAUGCAACCUCUGCUCAGUGGUCUUAGAACUGUAUGGUGAACAACUAUUCAUGGAUAUCAGGGGCUUUUAAUGAUAAGUGGGCCAAAAAGGUACAUGCAGUGUUGGUUGAAUAGCUGCAGCUUAGUGUAAUUGAGUCUGUAAUGACUUCAACAGACUGGGAACCUUUAGGUGUGGAGGGAAAAUGACAAAACGAAAAGGUAGAAAUUUGGCCUAGGGAAUCCCCGGCAUGAAUAGUGGAGCAAUAUUUUGCAAGGAAUAGUACUUCUGCACGCCUUUUAGAAAAGGGACAAAGGCAGAGACUAAGUGACAGGGUUUUUAGUCUUAAACACAAGCCUGUUCUUAAAUAGCUCUAUUGAUCCUGUGACAAAUACCAUGAUCUGUUCUAUGCUAGAGAGGUCUGAUGGCUCAUGUCUGAGGUUUUCCCAGAUGUUCAACACAAUUUUAUUUGAUUUUUUCCCCCUAUAGGCUGAAUUUCGUUUUGAGCGGUUGCUGUGUGUAAGUUUCGUAUUGACUAUGUAAAAUACCUUCCAUGUGAACGUAUGGUCUUUAGAUUUUUAUGCUCCACUGUGUGCAAUCCAUCCAUUCAUGUCCUGUAGCUUAUUCAGUGGACCAUUUCUGGGUUGGGAAUAAACACACUUAAGCGGUGUACAACAUUCUUCCUGCAAGGUAUUGGCAAUUAUGUUUAAAGGCAGGAUUGGAUCGAAUUGCCCAAUAACAGUUUUGUCAGGGUACAUCAUUUGAAAAUUUUCAGUCAUUGUUAACACUCAUCCAGUUAAUAAUGAGCGAAAUUAUCAAUUCAAGUCGGUUACAGAGGCUGGUGCAUGGACAAAACCUGCAGGAAGGGUGUUGUACUAUGCUUAAAAUUUUUGCAUCCUCUAUAGCGACAAUCUGUCUUUUCUACUGUUAUGAAUGUAUUUUUUUAAAUGUAAUUUUAACUGUUUAUUCUAAGGGCUGGCUUCCCAGAAUAGGCCUAACCUUGGACUAAAAAGGAGUUUCAAUAUAGAAUCACUGGCUUAGGCUAAGAUUGGGUUUAAUUCCUGGAAAAAACACCCUUCCUUCCUUUCCUGCUCACAUUGUCAUUUAGGGAACAUUGGAGUUAUGCGAUCCAUUGCAGAACUGUUAUUCUUGCUAAAUAAACUUCUGGGACUUGUGUUUCUAUAA